AGAAGAUCUGAAGAUAAUGAACAUGAUAUCUAGAAAGGCUAAGCUGCUGUGCUUAUCAGUGUGUCUUGUGGUCCUAGUUCAUGAGAAUUAUAGAGAUUCUGCUCUACUGCUGUCGUACGCGGGGAGAGCGAGCAAAAUGGUGGACGAGCUGAAGGCCAACGCCGGCCGGAGGACAGUCAAGAGCGACUCGGCGGCCGUCGACCUCGGCUAUCCCUCCGUCGGGGAUCCCUCGUCCCAAAAGACCUCCCCCUCGCCACGCCCCUCACCCUCGACCCCCCUGAGGAGAGGAGACGCGAUUCGGACCCCCGGCGCGCGACCCGGAGGCAGAGGCGACGGUGAGCCCCGUCAAUCCGUGCUGCUGCUUAGCUCCGUCGGUCGCAGUGGCUCCAGCUUCCUGGGCGAGGUCCUGGCGUCGCAGGGGAGGAAUAUGUACUUCUACGAGCCCGUCCGGAGGCUUCGGCCGGCCCAGCGCGCCGACGGGGCUCUCGUGAAGGCGGAGCUACGGAGGCACUUCGGCUGCGACAUCCCGGCCGCCAGAUUGGGCUGGACGGUGCGGCAGCCGGGGAACAAGGCCAAGAAGCGGGCGAAGGUUAGCGGCGACGAGGUCCGACGAUGGUGCAGGAGGGAGCCGCUCAGGAUUGUCAAGACAAUUCGCACGCACCUCGAGUGGACGCAGGAGCUCCUCGACGAUGAGAAACUCAACUUGAAGGUGAUCCACCUCGUGCGGGAUCCCCGGGGCAGCGCCGUCUCCAUGGAAGAGACCAGCUGGAAGACCAGUGUUGAGGACAUCUGUUCCAAGGUCCUUCGGGAUCUUCAGCUGAGAGAGGAAAUGCAGAGAAAAUAUCCCGACAGAUAUUUCUUCAUAAAGUACGAGGAGUACUGCCUCGACCCCUACGGAAAGACGCGAGAGAUCCUCAGGUUCCUGCGGGGCGGCGGUGACCAAGGACGAGACCAGAUGCGGGACCAGAAGGGUUACCGGGAAGGAGACCAGGCAUGGGAAAAGAGAAGGUACCAACGAGAAGACCAGAAGAGGGACCAGGAGCAGAACCAGGAAGGAGACCAGGAUCGUUACCAUUUCUGGAACCAGGGAUGGGACAAGGAAGGGGACCAGGAGGAGGACCAGAACGAGGACGAGGAAGGAGACUCGCGAGGAGGCCAGCCAAGGGACUCCACGAAGACCCGCGCCGCUGAGCCUCGAGCGCCUCCCGCCUCAGAGGACCUUCCCGCGGAAGUGCUCCUGUACCUCGACUCCCACGUCCACCUCUCCAAGGCCUUCAGAAGAACCCCCUUUACGACUGUGCGCGACACUUCGGCCGUGCACCAACAGUGGCGCCGGAGGAUCACGCAGGCGAAGCUGACGAAGGCGGAGGACGCGUGCAGGGACGUCAUCCUCCACCUUAACUACACACUCUUCGGCAGCGUCGCUCUCGCCAGGAACAUGUCCUUGUCCAUGUUCGAUUAUUCCUGAUCGCCAGCGCGGCUGUAGAAGCUGGUGUAUAUAUACAUACAUGUAUGUACG